CCUUGGAGGGGGAACCUUUUUUGGGCUCUGCUGCCUUCUCACCGGUUGCUCCACCUUCGAAGAAGCCCUGGAGAUGGCGUCCCACGGAGACAGCACCAAAGUGGACAAACUGGUGCGGGACAUCUACGGGGGAGACUACGAGCGAUUUGGGUUGCCGGGCUGGGCUGUCGCAUCCAGCUUUGGCAACAUGAUGAGCAAGGAGAAGCGGGAAUCCGUCAGCAAGGAGGACCUCGCGAAGGCGACCUUGAUAACCAUCACUAACAACAUCGGCUCCAUAGCGCGGAUGUGUGCACUGAACGAGAACAUCAACCGAGUAGUGUUUGUCGGCAAUUUCCUUCGCAUCAAUACGAUCUCCAUGAGGCUCCUGGCGUAUGCCCUGGACUACUGGUCGAAGGGACAGCUAAAAGCACUUUUCCUGGAACACGAGGGUUAUUUCGGUGCGGUCGGUGCCCUCCUGGAGCUCCUGGAUUCAGCCUGA